GUGCCUUGAUUUUCGCCGGAAGAUAGCGCUGCGGGUCAAAAGCAAAGACGGUUAGUUGGUGAAAGUUGGUGUCAAAGUCUAAAACCUUCUCAUUUCUGUUCAAAGUGAGGCCAUGUAUCCUGUUGAUCUUCCACCUGUGGACGGCACUGAGCUGCUAUCUGCGCCUAGACUUUACCUUACUUCCUUGAACGCAACGUCUUGCAAGAACAAGUGGUUUCAGUCACAGACCACGAAGGUUGCCAUUACAACAGCCAAUAUAAGACAGUUGCAGCUGUUCGAGGGGGACCAUCCUCCACAUGUGCUUCUGGCGCUUCACCCUCCAGAAGAUCCAACACAAGUCGUGGGUCUGUACCUGCGCGACCAGUGGUGGCGUUUGGAUGACGUGUUGCGAACGUCCAAUAAAUCCAGACGUGGUUUUCUGUCG